CGUCAUCGCCAGCUGUGCGCAUGCGGCCUACGGGCGGCAACGGAGUCCAGCGGAGUAAAUAAUGGCGGCUGUACGGAGUAGUUUGGGGUAGACCAUGAAGAAUCCGCGACAUCCUGACAAUAUCCACUCACUGAUUGCCCUGAUUUCAAGUUGAAACAAACGUUGAGGAACAUAUCUUGUUGUGGACUGAACCUUGCCGGCAGAAUUUUGAGAGAACUUGAGCCGAGAUGGAGUUGAGAGUCGGUAACAAAUACCGGCUGGGCCGCAAGAUCGGAAGCGGGAGCUUCGGAGACAUUUACCUAGGAACUAAUAUUGCUAACAUGGAGGAAGUGGCGAUCAAGCUAGAAUGUGUGAAAACGAAGCACCCACAGCUCCAUAUAGAGAGCAAGUUCUACAAAAUGAUGCAGGGAGGAGUCGGGAUUCCUACAAUCAAAUGGUGUGGGGCGGAAGGGGACUACAAUGUUAUGGUGAUGGAGCUACUGGGGCCUAGCUUGGAAGACCUUUUCAACUUCUGCUCGCGCAAGUUCACCCUCAAGACUGUCCUACUCCUGGCAGACCAACUGAUAAGUAGGAUAGAAUACAUCCACUCCAAAAACUUCAUCCAUCGAGACGUGAAGCCGGACAACUUCCUGAUGGGUCUUGGGAAGAAGGGGAACCUGGUGUACAUUAUCGACUUCGGACUAGCCAAGAAAUACCGGGACGCCAGAACCCACCAGCACAUACCCUACAGGGAGAACAAGAACCUGACGGGCACAGCCAGAUACGCAUCCAUCAACACGCACUUAGGAAUAGAACAAAGCAGAAGAGACGACAUGGAGUCGCUUGGCUACGUCCUGAUGUACUUCAACUUGGGCAGCCUGCCCUGGCAGGGCCUCAAGGCCGCCACCAAGCGACAGAAAUACGAGAGGAUAAGCGAAAAGAAAAUGUCCACUCCCAUAGAGGUUCUGUGCAAGGGAUAUCCCUCGGAGUUUGCGACCUACCUAAAUUACUGCCGAUCGAUUCGAUUCGACGACAAACCAGACUACUCGUAUCUAAGGCAGUUGUUCCGAAAUUUGUUUCAUAGGCAGGGGUUCACUUAUGACUACGUGUUUGACUGGAAUAUGCUAAAAUUUGGCGGCAGCAGUAGAAGUUCAGACGACACUGACCGGGACAGGAGAGAGGACCGCCACCAUCACCAUAACAACCCUCGCACCUCCACGCCGCGUGCCCUCACCGGCACCGCCACGGCCGGAAGGUUACGCACGGGCGACGCCACCAGUCCACAGGCCGCCACGCCAUCCCCCGCCGCCCCGACCUCCCCGCGACCCCUGUCCCGUGCGGAGCGAGAGCGGCGAGUGAGCAUGCGGUUGCACCGCGGGACGGCGCCCAAUGUGUCGACCUCUGACCUGACAGCGACAGGGCGUACCGACCCCGCUCGUCCCAAACAGAAACGGGCCAAGGCCGAACGGAGAAAGUCUUCCCACAUCACACCCGAAGCAUCAUUUGGAAGUUUGCGGAGAGGGAGCGCGUCUGGACGGGAGAAGGACGGCGACACAACCGGACGGUCGACAUCGUCAAGGCACAUCAAGAAAUAGCCGGGCGAUUCCUGGAGGACUUUGCAAGGAGGAUUAAAAACUGUCUGUCUGUGAAGAAAAAUGAAGUGUGUUGCUGGGAAUGGCGUGAGAAACUGAGAGAAAGACUGAGAGUGUGGAGAGAUUAUGAAGAAGAAGAAGAAAAAAAAUCAAGCCAGGGAAACAAACGAGCUAGCUAGGACAGAAAACCAGAUCACGUUUGCAGAAAAAACAACUCAGAACCUCCUACGGAAAAACUAAAAACGUGUAUAGAACAGAUGUAACAACUGCCCUGUGAAAACAACACAAAAAUGGCACAAUUCAAAACAACAUGCAAAUGGCACGCUGGAUUGUCAAAGGGUUUGGCUGUCUCUAUAAGACUAGGAAUUGUCCAGUACUGUAGAUGAUGUACCUAAUUCAGAAAUUUCAAAAAGUCUUUCUACCGAAGGUAGUUGUCUCCUUAAUCCUAAUACAAUAACAAUUAGCAAAGUCUAUUCAAGCUCUGGCACAAGCAAAGAUUUUGCUGUACAAAAUUGCAACCCUUAUGAAUGUGUGAAUGGUUUGCUAGACGUUGUAUCUAUCAAGAACAACAACACAGAAGAAAUGAGUCAAAGUCUCCUUGAGGCAUUUGGUGUGCUGAAAAAUUGAAAAGUUUUGCAGUGCAUGUUUAAAAUCUUGAUUCUGUUAAGGUGAGAUUAAUAGAGAAAUAAAUUUAAAGCAGCUCUCUUGAGUUGCAUAAUCGCAUUGUUCUCUGAUGCUACGUCUCACCAAUUAAAAACCUUUUCAAGUCCAGAAGUAAGCUGGACAGGUCUGGGUAUGGUGUAAAACAGCACGUGGUCUUGUGGCCUCAAAUCUUAUUCGGUCAAAAAUUAACAUGGUCCAAGAAGGCAGAAAAACUAGCCGCAACAUGAAAACAGAAAGCCAAUUCUUGCCCCGCCUCAACAAUAUCCAUUCCCCUCCUGGGCUACUCUGUACUGCAGUUAAAUGAUGGCCCAUUAUACAAAUUUGCUGUGGUACAGUAAGUCUUCUCUUUUGAGGAAUUCCAAUUUUCAACUUUUCAAAUCGUCUAGUUUUGCCAGGAAGCUUGAGACAACUGCCUUUGGACAGGCGAAGACAGAAUUUCUGCAGUGGUUUCCCUCCUGUUAUAGGGAAGGGAAAUUUACUCUUGUUUAGAAGACAGUGCCCAGAUGUGACAUAUAGCUAGCUCUAUCUCAUGUUUUGGCUUGGGAAAAGUUGACAGUGGGGAAAAAAUUUUCUCAAUUUCUUUUUCUUUCUUUCUUUUUUUAACACAAAGGCCAUUUUGCUUAUUGGACACUAGUGUAGGCUAGUAUGGAGAGUCCUGGUAGUUCAUUUGAGGCUUGUGGAUAAACGUUUUGUACGGAGACAAGAUUAAUAUUGUUUGUGACUUAUUAGAUAAUAAGAUAGGACUUUUCAAGAAAACGAUGUGUUGACUCGUGAUCCUCCAGUGGAGUUUUAUUUCUCAGAAUUAGAAUUGGACGUCACAGGCAUGAUUUCACUGGAGGUUCUGUUCUUCUUUUUUUCGUGUACAAAGACAAAGAAACAAUUGAACUCAAGCUGCAUCGUCUUACUUGCAAUGUUGUAUGUACAAUGACGUACCUGACUCAGGAUUGACAUACGAUAAGCCUCUUGCCAGUCGGUCGGCGCCCUUUCACCCUUGACUUUUGACCUCUACUCUGGGGGUUACAAGAAAUUUUGACCUCACAGUAACCUUUGUAGUGUUAAAAGGCAAAAUUCAAGGUGAGAUUGACUUUCCUGCUGCAAAUUGUGUUAAAGGUUAUGUGAGGUUAAAGGUUGGCUGUUGACACAGGGUCAAAGGUUGGUUGGUGACACGAGGGCAAAGGUCAGAAGGGGCGACGACCCGGCCUGUGAGGAGGCUUAUUGGCAGAAUCAGUUGUAAGAGAGCAUCUCAUACUGUGGCCAUGUGAAGCUUCUCUUGAACACAAGAGCAACUGGGGACUGGUAGCCCCCCUCCCCACCUAUACAUAAAGUACAGGAUGUGGUGUUAAGAUAUCUAUGACCAGCUAGGUCUUCAAGCUCUCAAAAUCAUUGGGUUGUACAUGUAUUAAGAAUGCAUAGAUGUAACCAUGGUUGUAACUUGAAGUACACAUGUACAUCUGUUCAACUUAAAAAAAAAUGCUAUUUCAACAUGCUGUAUUAAGGGGUGAUGAAUUGUUCUUGUUUAUAUAUAAGCCCACUAAAAUGAAUUUUUUUUUUAACGCAGAUAUCGCAAAGGGUAUAAAGUUGAACUAACACUUAUGGCAACCAUGGUGUAUGAAGAAAAGUAGACUUUAUAAGCCUUGCAAAACUGAGCGUUACAAGAAAGUUUUGUCACCCAGAAAAGCACAGUGCACAUUCCCUAUUGUAGAAUGAAUGGGGGAUCCCACCCUGGACAGUUAGGCAUAGUAUUACUGAGGUUAUCUUGUGAGCAAAACCUAGUUUUUAAUGUGCACUCAAAUACAGAAAAAUCAUACUGUUAUCUCAAUAGUUGAUUUGGGCAGGGACUACCAAGACAUCCAGUUGCUCUUGCCUUCAGCAAGCUACCCCCCUCCUCUGUAAAUACUUCCCUGUGACUUGCUUUCGUAUUGAUUCUUUGUACGUGGUAGAAUUGUAAAGUACUGAUAAUAACUGUACAUUAUACGUUGCUGCAUGCUAUUACCCUUGACUAUGUUGCUUUUUGUGUGUUUGGAUAUAGAGAAAGAACCCUGUAAGUGUCGCAGGGCCGUGGAAAAAGGAGUUGUAACUAGAUCAGCCUUUUACAGUUGCGUUUUACAGUGUACAGGACUAUCUCGAUUGAGUCAAGAAGAAGGAGAAUGCUGAAGACUACUUGAUGCCAACAUUAAAAUAAACCAUGUUAAACAACA